AUGACGCUUUUAACACUUCUAAUCGCCAGUUUAUUUACCUCAGUUUUGUCGUGGUACCAUAAUGAACCGAGUUUUUGGGUACCAGGGCAGUAUGGGUACCAAGGAGUGCAUAAUGGUUUGGAGCAUGCGAGAGAGUUUGUUAACGAGUGGACUGUGGAAGUGGAAGGUGGUGAAGAAGUAGCUCAGCUGGUGGCUCUGGAGCUUGGAUACGUUUUUGGAGGGAAGGUCCGCGGAUUUCCAGACACGUACAUAUUUUUGAAAUAUGAACAUGAGAAGAAGCGGCGCACCCCCAGUCAUCACACGUCGGCACUUGUCAAGGACAGGAGGGUGAGAUGGGCUGAACAACUGUUUUCGAAGUCUAGGGUCAAACGUUACCCCAUGCCGGACCCAGACGAAUCACUGCAUAGGGUUAAGAGACUUGAAGAAACCGACAAUUUGAAAACAAUAAAUAAUGAUCAUCGAGGUAAAACCUGGUUUAAUGAUGAAUUGUGGAGCCACGAAUGGUAUUUGCAAGACACGCGCACAAUACACAAUUUACCGCGGCUCGAUCUAAACGUGCUGCCCGUCUAUGAAAUGGGGUACAACGGCAAUGGUGUGCGCGUCUCCGUACUCGACGACGGCAUAGAACACAAUCACACAGACUUACGAGCUAACUACGAUCCAGAAAUAAGUUGGGAUAGCAACGACGAUGAUCCAGAUCCUUCACCGAGGUAUGAAGACAUCAAAUUAAAUUCGCAUGGCACUCGUUGUGCAGGAGAAAUUGCCAUGACCGCGAACAACUUGAAAUGUGGUGUGGGCGUGGCGUGGGGGGCAAAAGUAGGUGGAGUUAGAAUGCUUGAUGGACGAAUUACAGACCGGAUAGAGGGAGAAGCGAUAGGAUACGCUUUGGACAAAGUGGACAUAUACAGUGCUUCUUGGGGUCCUAAUGACGAUGGUCGAACCGUCGAGGGACCAGGGCGCCUAGCUAACGAGGCGUUUAAGCGUGGUGUCUCUGAGGGUCGUGGUGGCAAAGGUGCCAUCUAUGUGUGGGCAAAUGGAAAUGGCGGUGGUCAUGGAGACAACUGUAACUGCGAUGGAUACUCGUCUAGUAUUUACACAAUAUCAAUAGGAAGUGCUUCUCAACAUGGUCUGUUUCCUUGGUACGGAGAGAUUUGUUCAUCUACGCUUGCUGCCGCGUACUCCUCUGGUGCCUAUAAAGAUCAGAAAAUAGCUACGACAGACACCGGUGAUUCCUGUACGCUGGGACAUACUGGAACGUCUGCCGCCGCCCCAUUGGCCGCUGGCAUCAUCGCUCUCGCUCUAAGCGCAAAUCAAAAUUUAACAUGGCGGGAUGUACAACACUUAAUAGUUUGGACAUCAGAGUAUGCUCCGCUUUCAGCGAAUCCAGGCUGGCAAAUAAAUGGUGCAGGACUAUAUUUCGACGUUCGAUUUGGUUUUGGACUUUUAAAUGCCGGUGCACUCGUGAAAACGGCUCUAAACUGGACGACCGUGCCAAGGGAUUAUGUGUGCCGGGUGAAUUCUGCACCGUCUGAGGAAGAAAAUACUCGUUUGUGGUCCAGGCAUCACGUCGAAGUUUUGAUAACAGUAGACGACGAUUGUUUAGUCAAUUUCGUUGAACAUGUCGAAGUAUCAAUAAAUGUGAAGUAUUCGCGACGGGGAGCAUUGGAGAUUUAUUUAGUUUCACCCCAAGGCACUCAAGUUCAGCUACUCAGCGCUCGUCACAAGGACACAUCAACAGCAGGUUUUCUGAACUGGCCUCUUAUGUCUGUAGCCACGUGGGGCGAAAAUCCCAAAGGUGUCUGGAAGGUCAUAGUUACUGAUAAUACUUACGAAAAAAACACCGGAGACGUCGGUCCUGUGAGUUUAACUAUACAUGGAACGAAAACUAUACCAGCACACAUGACAAACGGCCCAAGGAUUUACAACGAUAACUAUAACUAUCAAGAAGCAUUCGAAUAUUUCGAUAAUGUAGACAAAGACGUCGCUGACGUCGUAUCGAAUACCGUUACAGACGACGAAGUUGUAGCCAUGCUACCAGGCGAGCAUAAGUCGCAGGCGGUCGUCGAUAUACAUGACAUUGAUUCAACAGUAUUAGCUGAAGUAGAGAAAGAAUUACAAAGGAUUAAUCAUAGACGAGUGUAUAGCGAUAUAGGAUUGUAA